AUGCCUUCCAAGAAUAUGUUCACUAGCUUGCUAGCAGCGGCUAGCCUGAUGGCUUCCGGCGUGUAUGCUGCUGAAGCCACCGAUAUGGGUGCUGCGGCAUUCUUGUGGCCACCAGACAGAGCUUGGGGAGCCACCUGGGACACCACAGCCCCUUGCGGUUCAUCGGCGGGAGUUACAAACCGAACCGAGUUUCCUCUCACAAAUGGUGCAGUUUCUAUAGUCCUUCAGGAUGAAUCAUACUCCGUUAACCUCGCUAUCUCCUUUGACAAUGACCCCACCAAGAAUGCCGAUUUCACCACUGUUGUGGCUGGCAGCCGCUUUCCUGACGUCGAGCCUGGUCACGAAUGUUAUUCAGUGCCCAACCCACCAUCCAACAUCACUUCCGGCUCCAACGCUACUCUUCAGUUGAAAUACAUCUCCGACUUCGACAAUGACGGUAACGAGACCUACUAUGCAUGUGCUGAUAUUACCUACGUACCGUAUAGCUCAUUCACCACCGACAUCCCAUGCUUCAAUGUCUCAGAGGCCGACACGAGCAGCUCGUCUUCGUCGUCGUCGUCGUCGUCGUCCUCGUCAACCACAUCGGCUAGCAGCUCCAGCAGCAGCAGCUCGGGAGACUCGAGCGGACUGUCUGGAGGCGACAUUGCAGGAAUCGUGGUAGGAACAGUGGCUGGCGCUGCGCUGAUAGGUGCAGCCGCAUUUUUCCUCGGUCGGUACUGGCAGAAGAGGGUGCAGCGCGAACAUGAAGUCGCUAUGAACAUGAUGAACCCGGCUCAGAAGACGUGGUCGGCUUCGACGGCUGGUCGCCAACAGCAGCAGGCAUAG